AUGACAGAGCAGACCCUCCCCGAUUACGUCCUAGACCCCAGUGCCGUCCUCAACGACACGGCUGCCAGCUGGCGCUACGGCAGAAUCCCCGAUUAUACCAAGACCCGCGAGUUUUACGAAAAAACGAAAACAACAUCCCACCCCGCCACCUCGCUCGCAUCUCUCGUCCAGAACCUAGUGAAAAACUGGGAAAUCGAAGCUUCAUUUAAGACAUCUCUAGAUGACUGGCGCACAAUUAACCCAGAAACGUACACAUUUUCCCUAAACGGCGGUCCCGCUCAACCAGGCGAACAUAUGCUCCGAGUAGGAACUUACAACGCGCUCAUCAACGCGAAUGAAUACUACGAUCCUGAACAGAAUGAUUUCGAGGGCAGUCAUAAAUCGUUCAAGAGGAUGAUGCCGACGUUUGCGUGGGAGGUCAAGGAGGUUUAUUGCGGACCGCCGGUUGUGGUGGCACGCUGGAGGCAUUGGGGGUUGAUGAAGGGGGAUUAUGUCGGGAAGAACGGUCGCGGCGAGGUUGUUAGGGUCAAGGCGCAUGGGGGUCCGAUUGAUAUUGAAGGAAUUGUGGUGGCCAAGGUAAACGAGAAGCUGCAGCUCGAGAAGAUAGAUGUUUGGUUUGAUCCGAUGGAGAUGUUCAGGCAAAUUUCACGGGAUGAGCAACGUGAGGAACUGAGUCGAGGCGAUUCUGCUGCCGCUGCGCCUGGAGAUCUUGCUGGUGCUUGUCCGGUCAUGCGGGCUGGCAAUGAAUAA